UGCUGAUCCUUCGUCCUUAUUGCGCCUGCAUCUCGUCCUGGCAGGAAGAAGCCUUCGAGGUCUAAAAUCUACCAAACAGUAUCGCGGAAACCGGCAGCAGGAAUCCUGCAACUUGUAGCUCAUUCAAGUCGGUGAGCGCACCUCAUUUUGCGCGAAUACUUGGGAAAAGUUCUACAUACAAUAAUCAGUUGAGUUUUUCUUUGGAUGUUAUGGAGUGGAUUUUUCAAGCAGCCGAAGCAGUGUUUUAGGAAAAACCCCAUCUGGUCCGACAUGCGGCCGCAAGGACUUUUUGCUUCAAGAGAGCUCAAUGAGUGGCCGAUUGAUUUCCAAAGGAAUUUUCCGCAAUAAAUCGCAAACGGAGAAAAUGGAACUGUUCAACGAAACCAUAUGCAGCGAAGAAAUCUACGGUCCGAAGCGCGACGAACUCUACAUAGUUUUACCCAUAUCGGUGAUAUAUUUAGUGAUAUUUAUUACGGGAACUGUAGGCAAUAUCACAACGUGUAUAGUGAUAUAUCGGAAUAAAUCGCUACAUACUGCCACGAACUACUACCUGUUUAGUUUGGCCGUUUCUGACCUGGUUCUAUUGGUGUCUGGGUUGCCGCAGGAGAUUUAUUUGAUCUGGAGCAGAUAUCCGUACAUUUUUGGAAACCUUUUCUGCUUCCUCAGAGGACUGUUGGCUGAAACUUCAGGAAAUGCCACUGUAUUGACCAUCACCGGAUUCACAGUGGAACGAUAUCUGGCCAUCUGCCACCCAUUUCUAUCGCAUACCAUGUCCAAGCUUUCUCGAGCUGUGAAAUUCAUUUUAUUAAUUUGGUUUUGGCUGUUGUGGUGGCAUUCUUCAUUUGCUGGGCCCCAUUCCACGUGCAGCGCCUCUACACGAUCUACGCCACAUUUCCCAAACCCGAUGAAAAAACCCAUUCGCUCUACCUGCAAAUCUACGCAUUGGUCACCUACAUUAGUGGAGUUCUCUAUUACAUAUCAGCCACCACAAAUCCGAUUUUAUACAGUAUUAUGAGCGUGAAGUUUAGAGAAGCUUUCAAGGAAACUUUCUUCAAAUGUUGUGGCCUCGGAAUACAACGCGGUAAACCGCCGAAACAAUACUCAAUUCUCUCGAGGUCCAACGUAAAAAAUCCACCGGAAUCCACGGAUUCGGCCAAAGACGAAAUGUUCCAGACCCACACCACAUUGAUUUAUAAGAACUCUAACGAUUCAUUUCCAAGUUCGACAAAUUUGUUCAUUUGCAGAUUCAAAUUUUCAUUGCAUCGCCUCACCAAAUCGAACGAAACGCACACCAUUUCCGAAAAAUCGAAUUCAUUCUCCACCUAUGCCUCUUUGCCAGUGGUCAACAACGCCCAAAACGAGUCGAAACUGACCAAAAUCUCCCAGUACUUUGUCUGCCUGCGGAAAAAUCAGGAAAAUGGCAAACUGGCGUAUGGGAAUCGCGACGGUCAUCCCAGCAUGGAGUUCCAUCUGAAUGGAAGCGAACGCGACUCUUGCGAUAUCAGCAACAGUAGCUUGAAGGACAUCGAAAAGGGAGCGAUUGAAGAUGAGUUGGGCGCCUACAUCAACGAGCUGAAAAGUGGGGGAAUUUAAGCAGAAGCCGGGAAUACGGCAUGAGAAAAUGACCAAAAUGGAGACUGAGAUGUAGAGAAUUAGGACAGAAACCUGCUAAACAUUGCAAAAAACAUUGCUGGAAUUUCCAAAUAUAAUUAUUAUCUAAUAGGAUCUACUUUCUCUGUGUUACUGUUACCUAAAUGCUGCAGAUGCGGUGCCUAAUUAAGUUAUUUUUCAUUUCACUGAUGAAUGUAUAACGUUCAAAGUGCGCUGGAACUUCAGAUUAUCGACGUAAAAAUACACCGUCGAACUCUAAACGGGCAGAAAAGUGCUUCAGAAAAGCUGUUAAGAAACAGAAAUAGAGCCAAUUAUGAAACUAAUGGGUUUUUAGGCGGUCGUUCGGUAGAAUUUCUUCCUGACGU